GGGGGUCUUCAAAGAGGGGCAACUCCGAGGGAAAAUCUCACUGCGGGCUGCACCAAAGAUUUCAGUUUGUCAGAUCUCCUCCCAUCCAUGAAUGUUAUAUAGUGAAACCUAAAACGGCAGCAGGGCCGUAUUUGGUGGCCCAAUCACAACAUUAUGAAAGGGGAUACGGAGAACAUGUCCAAAAUGGAGCCCUCCAAUGGGCACAGCAGGCCCCUGGACGUUGUGCCCAGUAAAGAGGAGAAGAUGACAGAGCGGGGUCAGUGGGGCAACAAGAUCGAGUUUGUUCUGUCAGUGGCUGGAGAAAUUAUUGGCCUGGGAAAUGUCUGGCGUUUCCCCUACCUUUGCUAUAAGAACGGAGGAGGUGCCUUCUUCAUCCCGUACCUCAUCUUCCUGUUUGCUUGUGGGAUCCCGGUCUUCUUCCUGGAGACGUCUCUGGGUCAGUACACCAGUGAGGGAGGCAUCACUUGCUGGAGGAAAAUCUGCCCCUUGUUUGAAGGAGUGGGGUAUGCCACCCAGGUGAUUGCUGGCCUGCUUAACAUCUACUACAUCGUUGUGUUGGCCUGGGCUCUCUUCUAUCUGUCCAACUGCUUCACCUGGGAUCUGCCCUGGGCCUCCUGCAACAACACCUGGAACACAGAUUCUUGUAUGGCAUUUCAGAGGGGGAAUAGCUCCAUCAAUCACCAUGAGAACACCACCUCUCCUGUCAUUGAGUUCUGGGAGCGAAGAGUGCUGAGAAUUUCCUCAGGUAUUCAUCACAUUGGCUCUCUGAAUGGGGACCUGGUUAUCUGUCUGGCCGUUGCGUGGGUCAUUUGCUACUUCUGCAUUUGGAAGGGUGUCAAGUCUACUGGCAAGGUGGUUUACUUCACAGCCACCUUCCCUUACGCUAUGCUGGUGAUCCUGCUGAUCCGAGGGGUCACCCUGCCAGGAGCCUCCACGGGAAUCCACUACUACCUCUACCCCGACCUGCAACGGCUGUCUGACCCACAGGUAUGGAUGGAUGCUGGAACUCAGAUCUUCUUCUCCUAUGCCAUCUGCCUGGGUUGCCUCACCGCCCUGGGAAGCUACAACAAAUACAACAACAACUGCUACAGGGAUUGCCUGUCCCUUUGUUUCCUGAACAGUGGUACCAGUUUUGUUGCAGGAUUUGCCAUCUUCUCCAUCCUGGGCUUCAUGUCCUACGAGCAGAACGUGCCCAUCUCAGAAGUGGCUGAAUCUGGUCCAGGUUUGGCCUUCAUAGCCUAUCCUCGGGCUGUGUCCAUGAUGCCUUUCUCCCCUCUAUGGGCCUGCUGCUUCUUCAUCAUGAUUGCCUUUCUGGGACUGGACAGUCAAUUUGUGUGCGUGGAGAGCCUGGUGACAGCCAUGGUGGACAUGUAUCCCUCCACCUUCCGGCGCAAGAACCGCAGGGAGCUCUUCAUCCUGGCGGUGGCUGUGGUGUCCUUCCUCUUGGGGCUCAUCAUGCUGACAGAGGGCGGCAUGUACGUCUUCCAGCUCUUUGACUACUACGCAGCCAGUGGGAUGUGCCUGCUCUUCGUGGCUGUUUUUGAGACUGUUUGCAUCGCUUGGGUUUAUGGUGCCGACCGUUUCUAUGAUAACAUAGAGGACAUGAUUGGCUAUCGCCCCAGCCCUAUCCUCAAAUACUGCUGGCUGUACUUCACCCCUGCAACAUGCAUGGGAACCUUUGCUUUUGCCUUGAUCAAGUACUCACCUCUGAAGUACAACAAUGAAUACGUAUACCCAUGGUGGGGCAAUGGGAUAGGCUGGAUCCUGGCUCUGUCCUCCAUGCUGUGUAUUCCUAUCUGGAUAGCAGUGAAACUGUACUACACAUCGGGAACAUUGAGAGAGCGCCUCGUUAUCUUGACCACACCUUCCCCCGAUUUACCGAAGACGAAGCAGGAACAGGAGAAGCUGCUGGCCGUCUUUGCGGCCGACGGCGACAGCCUCCAUCAGAAGUCCCCUCCCUCUAAGGACGGCUACUUCCCCGUUGAUGAAAAGGAGUCUCACUGCUAGAGAGCUUGAGGGUUGGAAUCAGAGCCCCGGGCGUCAAAGGUCACUCCUCAGCUUUGACACUCUGUCCGGCCCCAUUCCAACUCCCUCCGCAAUACCUCACCAGACAAGGUGGCGAAACGGGCACGGUGCAGACUUUAGGAGUCACCCGACCUGUAACUGCUUAUCUGCUGCUUUCUGAGCUUUCUCUUAAGUACACUGCCUUCAGUAUGACGGCAUCAGGAUUGCUACUUAGAGAGUUACAUCAGUUGGUUAUCAUCUCAUUUGCCAGUGGCAGAGUCACAUAUACACUUGAAACAAAACAAAUGUGGCCAUUGUUGUAACAGAGUGGCAAGGAAUUUACUUUUGAUGGUGUCUGCUUUCUAAGGAAGCAUUUUUUUUUUCUCUUAUGGACAUCUCUAAUGUUCAGUUAGUUUGACAUGACAUUCCAGUUUAUUGAUUCUAACAGCUAUCUGAUGCGGACGGAGCACAAGAGGUGUCACAUGAAUAAAAGCUGUGCGUUUCAAUGCACUUCUGUACUGUAUACACAAGCGUAAUUCCAUCAAUGGAUCCGAGUUAUCAUCUCAGGAUGUAAGAUUUUCUAAUGAAAACAAAUCCUACAAAGCUAUACUAAUAACCAAUGCUUCACAAUUCAAUAAUUGAUUUUUAAUGUAUAUUUAGCUCAACUGACCACGACUCAACUCAAGUAAGCUUUGCUCUUGUUUGGGGGUUUUUUCAGAUUAAUGUUAUAAUGCUCAUUUAUUCAAUGUUUAUUUCUUUUGCUGAACAUUGCAGAGUGGCAUGAAUAUGUCACAUGCUUUUUUUCUGUCUUCUGAUUAUUGACAUGAUUUUAAUUUAGUUGGUUUUGCCUUAUUUCUAAUGCAUUGAACUGUAUGGAAUUAAAAUGUUAAGUGCCUGUGCCAUUUAGAUAAUAUGAGCAGGGCAGGCUGGUUGAUCUCUCUUUCUGCUGUAUAAUAAUGAACUUCAGCAUGGGUUUCUUUAGAUGUUUGAAUGUGUAUAUGGUCCGUUAUUGCUGAUAGGGAAUACUUUUACAACUUUUAACUUUUUUAUGCUGAAAUUAUUUUUUAUGGCUGAAU